CAUUCAUCAACGGCGGCUGUAAUGGCUGAAUCUUUCUGUUAGUUCAUUUCAAUUGUAUAUCGAUUUCUCAAUCAAAAUCGUUUCAAAAUCAUAGUCUUUUUGUUUUCCCUUUUGCUACUUGCCUCAACCUUGGUAGAUCGAUCUUUAAUCUAUUGAAGCAAACAAAAAUCCUGACUUGACAAAAGUUUCUGAAUUUUGUCUUUUCAUUCUGUUUUUGAUGUAAUCUACGCUUGAUCUUUGGUCGGUGUAUUGGGAUGGGUUCGUAACAUGUUGAUCGUUCAUAGGGUAAUUAAUUUGGGCGUUGACAAAAGUUUCUGAAGCAUGUUGAUCGUUGCGACAGAGAAGCUCUAGUCAAACAGAAGCCGCAAUCUGCUUUUUUUUUGGUAAAGGAGGACAUAACCUCCGAUGAACCGGAAGAACAACCAAGUAACCAACUACAGCAGAACUUCUUGAAAGUACUCAUCAUCUCGAAAACAAUGAUUUUGUGACGAAAAUUGUUAAAAAACCAAGGACAGAGAGAGUUGCCGUUGCUAGAAAAUACCCAUCCAAUAUGAAAAUCGUUAUUAAACCCCCAUGCUUAUCCAAGCUCAAGCCUCCGUCAAGAUCAGACGGGUUCAAAACGGAUAGAAAAGCUCUCAAGAUUCUAAAUACGGCAUCACAAGAGUUGAUUGCCGGUAUCAACAAGGCUGCGGAUGCUAACGAAAUGAUAGAUUUAGCUUCAAAAGCAUUUGACUUUCUUGAUAUUGUUCCGGUUGAUUACACACUAGUGUACGAAGCCGCUCAUUCUGUCAUCGGUCAACGUUGUGACAUAGAAGCUUUAGUCAAGCAGAAGCCGCAAUCUGCUUUUGAUACAAUAACCGCGCACAACGAAGCAGCCUCAGAGUUUUCCGAGGCCGAAGAAAGAUACAAUGGAGUCAACAGGGAGCUUGAAGAAGCCCAACAUGAUGUUGAUGGAAGUACAGCUCGCCUUAACUAUCUAUAUGAUGAAAGAAAGAAGGCAGAGGAGGACAAGGAAGAAAACGAGGCCAAAGUUGCCGCUUUACGAGCUGAUAAAGUUAGUUGUGACGAGGCCUAUUCUACAGCAAAAUCAAAGCUCGAGGAAAUAGCCCCGUAAAUGAGUGAGGCUUAGAAGGACAUCGAUGAGUUCGAAAAUUAGUUGGAUGUUUGCAUCUAAUUGUGUAAUGAAUUGUUUGUGACAGUGCUGAAAAAUACAACAGUGAAUUGUGAAUGGUAUUGUCCUCUAAUUGUUUGAUUA